CAUACCAUUCUCUCGUUCUCUCUCUUUAAAUCUCCCUCCAUUCUCUUCUAAGUUUCUCAUCCAAACAUGGCUUUUGCUGCAUCCUUUCUCCUCCCUACGCUCACAAAACCACAUCCUACAAAGAGAAGAAGCUCUUUUUUCCUUGAACAAAACCAAAACAAACCCAAGACUCGUCGAUCGGUCGCAGCUCUUCCGGUUGCUCGGCUUUUCGGGCCAACGGUAUUUGAAUCAUCGAAGCUGAGUGUAAUGUUGUUGGGAGUAGAUGAAGAGAAGCAUCCUGGAAGCAUUUCAAGAACUUACACGCUUACACACUGCGACAUCUCUUCUAAGCUCACCCUCACCAUCUCUCAAACAAUCAAUCAGACCCAAUUACAAGGAUGGUACCAUAGAUUUCAAAGGGACGAGGUGGUUGCCGAGUGGAAGAAAAUCCAAGGGUUGAUGUCGCUCCACGUCCAUUGCCACAUCAGUGGACAGCAUUUCUUCCUUGAUCUCAUUGCCAAUCUCAGACGCAAUAUCUUCCGCAAGGAACUCCCUGUGGUUUUGAAGGCAAUUGCACAUGGAGAUGGGCAUCUCUUCAGAAAUUACCCAGAGCUGAAAGAAACUCCUGUUUGGGUCUACUUCCAUUCCAAUCUAGCAGAGUACAACCAAGUGGAAUGUUGGGGCCCACUCAAAGAUGCAGCAUCUGAAGGUGGAGAAUCAAUGAAAAGCCAGUUUGGGAAGGCGCCCAAGAACAGUAGGGCCAGGCCACGGCCAUGCAGGGUGCGGUGCACGUGUUGUUUUCCUAAGAUGAGUCUGAUCCCAUGGCCCUUAGAUUUUGAUGAUGAGAUGGCCCAUCAAUGCUUAGAACCAGCCAUCAGAUGUUGAUCAUGAGUGCACUCGCACACAUGCACGAUCAGAAAUAAUCCGCUAGAAAACAACCGUCGAUUUGUGGCCAAUUAACUUGUGGCUGACAAGACCGCUCGAUGAACGGCUGGAUCUUGCAAACGUCUCUGCGACUACCCUUCACAGUUUCUCCUUUUGACUGAUUAUGAAACGGGAAACGGAUUGGCUACUCCCUCUGCCACUAGCCCAGUGGCUGAUGGUCGGUGCUCAGUGGGCCCUACCAUGAUGUAUGUGUUUCAUCCAUGCCGUUCAUCCAUUUUUACAGAUCAUUUUAGUGCUGGAAACCAAAAAUUAGAGGGAUAUAAAUCUCUGGUGGACCACACCAUAGGAAAAAAGUAUUGAUUGGAUAUCCACCAUUAAAAUCCUCAUAAGGCCCACUGUACUGUUUAUUUGACAUCCAAUCUGUUGAUUAGGUCAUACAUACGAUAUCAGCUUGAUCCAAAAAUUUUAUGGCCCCCAAAAAGUUUUUAAUGGUUGAUGUUCAUUCAACACACGUUUCCUGUAAUGUGGUCCACUUGAGAUUGGGAUACGACUCAUUUUUGGUUUUAUACUAUAAAAUGAUCUAGAAAAAUAGAUGGACGGAAUGGAUGAAACACGUACAUCACGGGCGGCCCACAGAGCACUGACCAUCAGCCAUUGGCUGGUGGCAGGGUAGUAGCCAAUCCGUUUCCUAUGAAACGCUCCGGCAGUGCAUCAUGGAUCAUACUCGUGAUAUACCCACAGCACACGUGGAACAUGCAACACCAUUCAAAUUGUGGAUCCCUAUUUAUAUGAAGAAAGUUACACUGAUUGAACAACCAAACCACUUAAGCGACGGACAUGAUCAAAUGGAAAUUGAAAAGAAAACCGAUCAAUGGUUUAUAUUCAUUUGGGAAAAUGUCAAGGUAUGGGACAUACAUGUAUUAUUAAAGAGAACGAUCCACCGUAUUGUACCAUUGUAUUUUACACGGUCAAUGAACGAAAGGAGAGCUGUGUGGACAGGAUUGGAUGGA